GCAAAUAAAGGAGUCAAAUGGCUAACGAAACGCUGGAACAUGUUCUUAUUUACUUUUUGGAGAAGCUAAAAGACGUUCGAUGCAACCAAUCUCCAGAAUUACUUCAAAAGCUGACACUCUCACAGUACAAGACUCUUGCACAAUUGGAUGUGGACAUGCGAAUGAGACUGACGCAGGAAAUGGAGAGCUAUGUGGCGGAUCAUGUAGAAAUUAUGAAACUCGAGCUGCAAUUGAAGAACAAGAAAUGUGCGCUCGCUGGAAAACUGAAACAGUUGGGGACAACGUUUGAUAAAGCUAUUGUGGAGACUAAAGAACGAAACGAGCAUUUGCGGAUUGGCAGCAUUGAUUUUCUGAAUCCCGUGGUUGAGAAAGUGGAAAAAAUAGUUUUUGCAAAGCCAGAAAUGCCACAAAUAUCAGUCGAACAAGGAUCAGUUCUCGGUGAAUCUGCGAGACGUCAACCGGAGCUUGUCUCUGUAAUGGCUUCCAUAAUGAAACCACCAACAUUUUCAUCAUUGGUGAUGACAGGAAGGACUGAAAAGAAAGAAAAUAUUCCGGAGACCAAAAGCUACAGUCUUGAUGAUUCUUUGAUAAACGGACAUGACAUAUCAAUGGUGAAUACAUCCAACGAACGACGAAAACUGGCUUUUGAUGAGUUGGACGAUGAAGAACUGCAAACUCCAGCAAGAAAACCACAAAGAACUCCAUCCAGAGCUCCAGAACGGAAUCCUCUUGAUCUAUUUUCCCUACAAGCACCGCCCGUCUUCACAUCUUCAGUUGGUCGAGCAUUCAAUCAGACAAGGGAUUGAUUUUCUGAAUUUUUGAUACUAAAUAUUAUUUUAUUUAUCUGUACAAAUGUGGAUAUGAAUACAAUUUUCUGAAAAUGAAAUCAAAUGAAUUUG